AUGCUUCCGAAAGACAAACAACCUGACACCACCGCUGUAGUAGAAUCAGCCGAAGAGAUCAUCCUUAAGCCAUCGGUGGUGAUCGAUCCCAUAAAGGAACGCAAGUUAAAGCGCAAAGUGGACUUGAGAUUGAUGGUGUGGUCUUUCCUUGCAUCCUUCAUCAACAUGCUGGAUCGCAACAACAUGCAAAAUGCUUAUACCAAUGGAAUGGAAAAAGAUCUCAACCUCAAUUCAUCGGUCUACAACUGGGCAGUAACCAUGUUCUUUAUUGGCUAUGUGAUAACGCAAAUCCCAGCCAACAUGAUCAUUACGAAAUUCCCCCCUCGUAUCUUUUUGCCUACUUGUGUCAUUAUUUGGGGUGCCGUUCUUUGCUUUAUGUCUAUCGUCAAGGAUCAUAAAGGAUUAUUAGCGCUUCGAUUUUGCCUUGGUGUUGCUGAAGCAAAUGUCCAGACCCUUUAUCCAUGCAUUGUCUUCAUCCUUGGAACAUGGUAUACAAAGGAGGAAUUGAGCAAACGGCAAACGCUGGUCGAUGUUGGAAGUCCUUUUGCUGGUGCUUUUGGUGGCAUGAUGGGAGGUGCUAUCGCCCAAAACAUGCAAAAUACUGCAGGUCUUCGAGGAUGGCAAUGGUUGUUUAUCAUUGAAGGUCUUAUGGCUGUGGUCAUUGGGUUGUCAGGAUACUUUUUACUUCCCAGCUAUCCACACAACACGUCAUGGCUUUCUCAAGAAGAACGGGAGUUGGCUGUAGCACGACAAGCUGCUCAAGGCAAGAGUAUCAAACCCAAACCAUACAGCUGGAAAAUGUAA